AAACCUCAGCCAUGUCUCUCAAGGUGAUCCUCGUAGCGUGUGUGGCCGUCGUGGCUCUGGCCGAUAAGGCUCCAGAAUACCCGAAGUACCUUGCUUACGCCGCCCCCUCCUACCCUGCCCCUACGCCUUCGUACCCAGCGCCCUCUCCCUACAAAGAGCCCGAAUACCCGACAAAACCUCCCAGGUACAACUACAACUACGGCGUCGCCGACGGCUACUCCGGCGUCAACCUCGGCCACUCGGAGUCCCGCGACGGCUACAAGACCGAGGGCAGCUACUCCGUCGACCUCCCCGACGGCCGCAAGCAGACCGUCAAGUACGUGGACAACGGCGACGGUUAUGUGGCUGAGGUCAUCUACGAGGGCGAGGCUCAGUACCCCGAGUACAAGCCCACCUACAAGCCCGCUCCCUACCACGCUCCCCCCAAGUACCCCGUGUACUAAGGGUGUCCAUUCACGCGCUUUCUCUCCAUCUUAACCCAUUCAUCCUUUGUGCCAAAUAGUAUAAAUUGGUGCGGCGUGAUCGGGUUAUGAAUAUGUGAUAUUAUAAAGUUAAUUUACCAUUUAUAAUAAAAGAA